AUGGCCAACUCCAGCGUUCAAUCCGGCCUCGUUUUGAAUGCUGCCGCACUUGGCUCACUCGGCUCCUCCAUCCCCACGGGUCGCCCAGGAACUCCUGCGUCCUCCAUGACUUCCAGCCGCUCAUGGUCCAGUACCCUCACAUGGAACUCCAAUCCAGCUCAGCCCCACCGAGUGCAGACAGGAGUCGACUACCUCUUCGCCGAGUUCCAGACGACUCGCGAAGAUGUCCUCUUCCAACGGUCGUAUGAGAAGGCUGGGAGAGCCAAGGCGAGGGGUGACUGGAUCAGCUUCAAGAAAGAGCUGGCCAUCCAACGAGAUCUUAAGGAGAGACAGCAGGUGAAGAGGCUCAAGGCUGUCGACACCAUUGCUCGCUCUCGCAAUUGGAACUGUGUCGCGACUGGCCAGAUCGACGUGCAUUACCUCUCGCUCCGAGGCGCCGAACAGUUGCUUGCUGAGACGCUGCCUAUUAUGGAGGCCAAGGGACACCAGCGUAUUUGUGUCAUUGCGGGCGCCGGUAAGCACAGCAAGCACCAAGACCAGCAGCCUCUUUUGAACGGCGUCAAGGUCUACCUGCUCCGUCGUGAGAAACGAUUCCAAGACCACCGAACCUGGUAUGGGGCGCUUAUCGUGUGGCUCUGA